GUGGCUCCUGCGUUAGCGUUAAUGCUGAGUGUUAGCCAGGCUUGUAUGAUACAAAUCUCACUUGCUGAUCGUAUUCAUCAUGUUCGAUUCAUUCUAAGUAAAAUCAUUUCACCUCUACUCGAACAUCAUCCGAAUGGAAGUCAACCCAUCGAACGAGCGUUCGGAUGUCAAUUCUGGGACGGUGACGAGUUGAGUGGAAAAAAUUCGACUCCAUCAUGUUCGAGUGUCCUUCACGAUGAAGUGGUCUCAUUGACGACGUUACACGUGAUCAUUUUCUUGCAUAUUGUGCCAAUAAUUGUAUUUUUGUACAUUUUGCUAAGGAACUUGGUGGAGAGUGAUGCUGAACAUCUGUUCUUGUAUGUCGAGAAUGUUGAGCAACGUACCGAUGAGGAGUGCACCCCAAGUGUCUCAUCGAUUACCACAACAACCAAUAAUAGCACAUCUCAAUUGGACAGGUACUUUCAAUUUAUUGACCAAUUCAUUCGUUCACCUAAUUUCAUUGUUUAUUUGUUGACUGGUCUGUCGCAUUCAGUGGCUAGUUUUAGGAUUUGUUGA